AUGAGUGGCGCGUCCGAGAGGACCUCGCUCAAGGACGAGGUGGCCGCCGUAGAGAACGGCCACAGUCAACCGGGGAUGAGUUCGACGUCGCGCGGCACUCGCAUCGGCCACAAGAAGUCGCGGAAUGGGUGUCAGCAGUGCAAGAAACGACGUGUCAAGUGCGAUGAGAGCCGGCCAUGUCGCAACUGCGUGCGGCACAAUGUCAAGUGCAGUCUUGUCCUGACGCCCUUUCCAGCACCGCUGCCGGCCGUAGGUGAAUCGCCCAAGCCGGCUUUCGAGGCCGCCAACACGGCGACUCCGGGCAGUGUUAGGGAGGCUUCGACGACCAGCCGUCCCGAAAGUCGGCCUGAGAGACCCUCACCACAGCUCUCGUCGUUGAAGGACAAGGUCGCCGCCAUCCAGGGCUUGCUGUCCGAGUUCUCGGCCGAAGUGGACGCUCUGAAUCACGGCAGCCGCGAUAGCUUCAGCGGCUCAACUCAUGACUCGGUCCAGGGCGAGUCUCGAGACGCUCAUAGCGUCUCAAAGGCCGACUGGAUGGUCGACAUGCAACUCAUCCACCACUUCACCUCCAACACGGCACACACUCUCUCCGAGAACCCAGACUUUGUCCAUCUCUGGACGACAACGGUACCGCAAAUCGCUUUUUCCAACGACUUCCUCCUCCACGGCAUCUUGGCCAUAUCGGCCAUCCACAUGGCUCACUGCAACCCCGACAAGAGGGAAAAGUACGCUACCAUAUCUGCUCGCCACCAAAACAUCGCCCUUAGCCAGUUCUCCCCUGGCUUGACCGAGAUCGGCGAAAACAACGCCGAUGCAUACGUCCUGCACGCAAUAUGCAUCUUUCUUGUCAACACUUACUCCAUCGCCAACCCCCAAGGCCCAAUCACCUCCAGGGACGUUGCUCAGUCUUUUAUUCUACUGCAGGGAAUCAGGAGCAUCCUCGCUCUUCCCUUCGCCCAUCGAUACAUAUUCAACGGGCCACUGGCCCGUUGGCUUUACCAAGGCAGCGUCGAGCCCGCGGUAGGGGGCAACUACUCUUCCAAGAUCGACGACCUCCUCAACCUCACACGCAGCAUGGCGCCCUCGGACGAUACCUUGACCUGCCAGUCGGCCCUCGAGGGCCUCAAGCAUACAUUCGCCGCCGUCUCCACGCCCCAACACAGGAAAGGUCUUGUGUGGCGAUGGGCUGUGUCUCUUCCCCAAUCCUUUCUCGAGCUCAUGAGCCAGAACCACCCGAUGGCCCUUGUGAUUCUCAUGUACUACGCGGCGCUGGUCUAUGCCUUCGAGCGGAACAUGUGGUAUCUCACCGGCUGGGGCUCCAAUGUGGCCUCGGCCUUGGAUAAGGCCAUCCAGGAACCGUGGAGAGAGUGGAUUCAAUGGCCCUUGAGGUGUAUUCGCGAGGGUGUCGAUAUCCGGCAGGUCGAACCGCUUAAGCCAGUUGAGGGCAAUCCCAGGACCCAGCUCCCCACCAUCAACUUCAACCUGGGCCUUUUCAAGCCAAGCGAGCCGCCUCCGUGA